GCCACAUGACCAAACUCAAACAUUACUAACAACCACUCACAAAGCCACCACAUAAAUCUAACCACUCACCAAAAACCCACCACUUGUACCACAACCAUGAUGUCGUAUCUUUCUAGACACUUGGGAAUUGGCAUUCAUGAAGUGAUCUGCUGGUAAUGCUGUUUGCUAGUAUAAAAACAUAGUGCAAAACCAGACGCUCAUUACACCACAACUGAAAUGAGAGCAAUGGCCGAAGUAGUAAAUGGGAGUGAGGGGUCAGCAGCAUUGAAAAUGAAGAUGAGGUUAUUAGUGUGGGCUUUGUGGUUGCUGGGGUCAGUUUCCAGCAAAUGGAUAGAUGGUUUUGAGGAUUUGAAUGUGACAGAGCAGCAUUAUUAUGACCAGAGUUAUGGAGUCUCCUACGCUAGUAAGCCAUUGCUGGUGGGUCUUACUCUUAUCAAUGGAGCUGCUGCCAAAGGCGCUGUCUGCCUGGAUGGAACAUUACCAGGCUACCAUCUCCACCGAGGAUAUGGAUCAGGAGCAAACAGUUGGCUCAUUCAGUUGGAGGGAGGAGGGUGGUGUGAUUCAAUUAGAAGUUGUGUUUAUCGUAAAAAUACUCGUCACGGUUCCUCAACAUAUAUGGAAAGGCAGAUACAAUUUUCAGGGAUAUUAAGCAACAAAGCAGAAGAAAACCCAGAUUUUUUCAAUUGGAACAGAGUCAAACUUCGUUAUUGUGAUGGUGCAUCUUUUAGUGGGGACAGUCAAUAUAAGGCAGGACAAUUGUAUUUUCGAGGACAACGAAUAUGGUUGGCUGCUAUGGAAGAUUUGAUGUCAAAGGGAAUGCGCCGUGCUACUCAGGCUCUACUAUCUGGAUGCUCUGCUGGUGGUUUGGCAUCUAUACUACACUGUGAUGAAUUUCGGGGACUAUUUCCUUGGACCACUAAAGUCAAGUGCCUGAGUGAUGGUGGAUUAUUCCUUGAUACAAUUGAUGUAUCUGGUAGGCGCACUUUGAGAAGUAUGUUCAGAGGUGUGGUUUGGUUACAGGGAGUGAAGAAAAGUCUUCCAUGGAGUUGUACCAACCACCUCAAUCCAACCUCGUGUUUCUUCCCUCAGCACUUAAUUGCCGAUAUUAAAACCCCACUUUUUCUUGUCAAUGCGGCUUAUGAUAUGUGGCAGAUCCAGGCCAGUUUAGCUCCACCAUCAGCUGAUCCUCAUGGCCAUUGGCAUGCAUGCAGAAAAAAUUAUGCACAUUGCACUCUAUCACAGAUUCAAUUUUUCCAGGGUUUCCGAAAUCAAAUGCUGAAUGCCGUAAAAGGCUUCUCAAGCUCCAAUAAAAAUGGGUUAUUCAUAAAUUCAUGUUUUGCCCAUUGCCAGACUGAGAGACAGGAUACAUGGUUUGCUCAGAAGUCUCCCCAUAUAGGAAACAAGGGGGUUGCAGAAUCUGUUGGAAAUUGGUAUUUUGACCGAGCUAACAUUAAGGCUGUUGAUUGCCCAUUCCCCUGUGACAAAACCUGCCAUAAUCUAGUGUUUAAGUGAGAGAAUAGCUAGAAUAUCAUUAUCUAUUGUUACUCUUCUCAUAAAUUAUAUUGCAAUGAAAUGCAUAAUUCAAUUGUAACGAAAAUAAGACCUGCUGAGAAGUAUCAAGGCUGAUCGGCAAGCUUAAUUCAUGUUUUCAUGUUUCUCUUA